CUUAAAAUUUAUAAUUUGUCUAUCAGAAAGCUGCCUAGUAUGUCCGCUUCGAUUUGCUGUAGAUGCAACGAGAAGAUUUGGCCACGGGCAGUUUGCAGCUUGGGCAAGACGUACCAUCCGCACCACUUCACUUGCAAGGAGUGCGGCCUGGUGGUGGAUCCUAAGCUAUUUUUCGCGGUGGAGGACGACGUGGUCUGCAGCGAGUGCUAUCUGGACAAGCAUGCCGCUCGGUGCUCCGCCUGCCGGACUCCGAUCCUAGAGCGCGGCGUGGCUGCCGCGGAGCGCAAGUGGCACCAAAAGUGUUUCCGGUGCGUGAGCUGCAGCAAGUCGCUGGUCUCGGCGAGCUUCUUCGAAGUCAACGGAUACCUGUUCUGCAAGGCGCACUUCCGGGAACUGUUUUCGUCCCGCUGCGCAGGCUGUGAGAAGCCAAUCGAUCGUCGAGCCGUGGUCGCGCUGAGCACCAAGUGGCAUGCCAAGUGCUUUAAGUGCCACCUCUGCCGCAAAAGGAUCAGCACCCGGGAAUUUUGGAUCGAGAACGGACAACCCAUUUGCGAAGCCUGCCAAACUGUAGUCUCGAGUCCCAGAAAUUUUUCGGCCCCAUAAAUGUGUGGUGUGUAUCUGA